AUGGCCACCCAUGCAGCGAAACGGCAGCGGGUAUCAAUUGUCCGUCCAUUGGAAGAUCAGGGUAAUGAACCCAGUCUUUUGAUUUCAUCGAGUCCCGAUUGCGAGGCCCCUCUCCAUCGAAAUCCUCCGUCAGACACAGAUGUCCAUUCGCAACAAACCUCGCAGCAAACAUCUGCCAGCACUGCCGCACUUCCCUCCGAACCGGUCCGUCAGAGGACCGAAUGUUCGAAACCGCCCUCAAGCAAGAUAUCGAAGACUGGAUCGCUUCACAACUUCUUUCCGGCCGCGAGUGAAACGCAAAGAUGGGAUACACACAAGGCUGAAUCGUUCCGUUGGACUCAGCCAAGAACAGACGAGAUAGACAUAAGCGAUGACACGAUCGAGGACGGUUACGACUCUUACGAUGAGCUUUUCUCAGACUACAUUGCAGAUCGAAAGGUAACGCCCGAAAAGCGGAUGGAGGAGGCACCUUUGGCAGCGGGAGAGCGUGUCGAUCAGGCUCAAGCAAUAACUCACACUUUUCGUUCGCGGAGCUUCGCAAGCAAUCGCAAGCGCUUCGUCGUUUCAUCGGCGUCGGAGAGCAAGCAUCAUGGUUCAUACUCAUUCGGGAACAAUUACGACAAAGACGCCGAGAAAUUGCCAUGGGCACAGAAAUAUUCCCCUGUAAAUCUGAAUGAGCUCGCGGUUCACAAGAAAAAGAUUGCCGAUGUACAGAGUUGGUUAUCAGAUGCCCUUCGCGCGUUCGAGAAGAAAUUACUCGUUCUCAGAGGUCCCGCAGGAAGCGGCAAAACAACCACAUUAUCGCUAUUAUCGGACAAGCUAGGUUUCGACGUUCUCGAAUGGAGGAAUCCGUCGGGAUCUGAGUUUGCGGCGAAAGGAUUCACAUCCAUAGCAGCCCAAUUCGAAGAAUUCUUGACAAGGGGUAAUAGAUUACGUGGGCUCGAGUUUCAGGGCACGACCGGUUUAUCAGCAAGCAAGAGGAACAGCAGCGAUCAUAUGAGGCCGCGGGUUAUUCUCAUUGAGGAGUUCCCAACAGUCAUUGAUGGAGAUUCCCCUAGUCUAACCGCUUUCCGGUUUUCUCUGCAGCGGUAUCUCUCAGUGUCAUCCUCGCCGAGAAGCAAUACCCGGAAUGAUAUCGAGAGACACGGGAGCUCACCUGUUGUUAUUAUCGUUUCCGAGACCAUGUUGAAUACCGGGGCAUCCUAUUCGGACAACUUAACAGCUCACAGGUUGCUGGGGCCAGACAUUUUAAGCCAUCCAGGCACAACGAUUGUUGAUUUUAAUGCCAUUGCUCCGACGUUCAUGUUUAAGGCCCUGGACCUGGUUCUGGUGAAGCAUAUCCGCCGAUAUAGAGAUUGGAGACAUUCGGAGCGCGAUCUCUUCACUGGAGUUUCUCUGUCUUCGGUGUGA